AUAGUAUUCUCAUCAAAGCAUACAAAGCUCGAUUCUUGCAACAACUAUAUAAUAAAAGAAGGGAGUACCGUAUGCAUGCGCACGUUAACCAGUGAUAAAACAGUCAAUGUCUGAGAUUAAAGGUCUCGAUUCCGACUCGACCUUCACCCAAUCUCUAAAAAUUUAUUUAUCCAAAUAUAGAGAGAAGAGAGCACGUACUAACUAACGGGGAAUCUCUUGUGAAGAAGAGGCAAAACAAUGAUUGAAUAGGUGAAAAAGUGUGACACAAAAUGAAAUUGGUUUAAAGCAAAAAUCCAAGAAACUAAAACCAACUGUAAUAACUCCAUAAACUGACCCCACCCCCACCAGCCUCACCACAUCCUCUCUUCACUACUCUUCUUCUUCUUCUACUUAACCCACUUGCAUCAUUAUUACUUACAUUUUCUGCAACACACAUUUGGUGCCUAUUUUUCUUUUCUUUUUUUCUUCAAUUUUUUAAAUUAAUUUUAUGUGUGUGUUUAUAUAGAGAAGGGAAUCACACACACACACACAUAACUCAGAAACAUGAUAAGAGAAAAGAUUCUCAGACUUCACAGACACAAGUCUUCAUCAUCGUACUCAUCAGCCGCCACCGAUGCAUCUGCUCAGAAAUUCGAUUUCAUUUUCUCCAACAUUCAAGCAACUCAGGUACCAAAAGGAUGGGAAAAAAUCUAUGUCUCUCUCAUCUCUCUAGAAUCAGGAAAAACAGUGCGUAAAUCAGUCAAGGUAAAUGUGAAAAAUGGGAGCUGUAAAUGGACAGAAACCUUUGCAGAAUCAAUAUGGAUUUCAGACAUUGAUAUGGAUGAAUGCCUCUUCAAAAUUCUUGUUGCAACGGGAUCUUCGAAAUCUAGUAUUCUUGGAGAGGCUAAACUGAAUCUUGCAGCAUUUUUGAGCUCGGAAUCUUCGGUCUUGCUUUCAUUGCCUCUCAAAAAAUGCAACUAUGGGACUGUUUUACAAGUUGAAGUGAAAUGCCUCACACCUAAAACAAAUCCAAGGGAUGAGAAACUGAAAGGCAUGAAUGCAGCCAAAGAUGAGAAUGCAGAUCAUGACACCAUAGAAAUCCAAUCUGAAGCAUCUGAAUCUCUCUCAAGAAACAACAUUGGCAGGGAAACGAGCUACAGCUUCGACUCCAUGGAUGAUUCAGUGGGGAGACAGAGCUACUCCUCUCAAAGUGAGAGGUUUGGAAGGCAAGACUCUAUUGAGUCGAGUGAGAGCUCGAGCUACGGCUCUUACUCUGCUCAUGGCUCUGUGAAAUCCGUUCGAUCUCUGCAGAGCCAUGGCAGGAAUCAGAGAGAGGAGUUCAGAAAAUCAUGUCAUGCUGCAGCCACAUUGCUUCAGCCAAAUCUCUCCUUGAAGGAAGGAGGAGGUGAUGAUGAUCAUGAACUUGAGGCGGAGGCGAGGAUGUGGGAGCAAAAUGCAAGGAAAUUAGGUGUGGAGAUGGAGAGAUUGAGGGAUGAGUUGUCUGAUCAGCAUUUGAGUGUGACAAAGCUGAACAUGGAGCUUGCUGCGUCGCGUUUGGAGUGUAGAGAACUCACUCAAGAAAUCGAGCACGUGAGGUCCCUCUUGGAGGCAGCUCAAAGCAUGGAGUUUCAAGAAUUAGGCCAUGGCAGUGUGCAGAGGGAAUUGGAAGAGGAGAUUAGGUUUCAAAAAGAGGAGAAUGAGAAUCUGGCUAUGCAGCUCAGCAAAACUCAAGAAUCAAACAUUGAGUUGAUUUCAAUCCUGCAAGAAAUGGAGGAGACUAUAGAGAAGCAGAAGAUUGAGAUGCAGAAAAUGAAUCAAGUUUCUUUGAAUGAAUCAAAGAGUGAUUCUGAGAUGUGUGAGAUGGAAGGAGCUCUGCAGUGUGAGGUUUUGAUCCUUGAAAACGCAUUGCAGGAAAGGAACAUAGAGAUGGAGAUCGAGGAGGAUCUGAAGAGACGCGUUGUGAGGGAGUUCGUGGCUGAUUGCAACCGUGUCUUAGCUGAGAAGGAGCAACAGAUCAUGGAUUUGGGAGCUGUUGAUGGGAGGAAGGAUAUCAAGCAGUUGAAGGAGAAGGUACGUGGGCUCGAGGCAGAUUGCGACGAGCUCAGGGAGGAGAAUCUCGAGCUUCUAUAUGAGCUCAAGUAUAGGAUCAAUGUGUGCAAAAGUGGCAAUGAGGAGAAGACUGAGAUUCUUCAAGAGGAGAUUGCUGAUCUUGAGGACUUGGAGAGCAUAGGAAAGGAGGGCGUCUUCGUCUCAGAAUGCUCGAGUAAAUCAGCGAGUGCAGAUGAGAAGAUGGAUGAAAUGGACCAAACAGAGUUGAUGAAACUAUUGUCUGAUCUGCAAGGGGAGAAUGUCUACUUGUUGGAACGCGUUGCAGGCUUAGAGGCUCAGCUGAGGUACCUCACUGAUACGAGGGAGACGAGUCGUUUGGAGCUGCAGCAGCGGGAAGCACGAGGCGUGAUCCUUGAGGAGAGGAUCAAGAGAUUGGAAGAGGAGAAUGAGGCACAAGCGGUUGUGGUGAAGGAGAAGAUGUGUGAAAUGGAGAAGAAGUGGUUGGAAGCCGAGGAGGCUCGUGUGGCUUUAGGCGAAGUGAAUAUAACGCUGCAGGCUACGACUGAGAGCCUUAUGGAAGAAUACAGCUCACUGCAGAGGUUCAAUGGAGAGCUGAGGGAGCAGAAACGGCAGCUGCAAAGCCGGUGUAUGGAUUUGGAGACGAAAGCAAGAAUGUUAUGUGCAGAAGAAAUGAGAGCUUCUUUGUUGAAGGAAGAAAGCAAUGCAGAAGAAAAAAUGAUCAUGUUUAAGAGUGUGAUGGAAUGUGAAGCAAAGCUGAAAUCCAUCAUCAAUGAGCUAGACUCGAAGCUUGAGCUUUCUGAAGGCGAAAGGCUUCGUUUAGCAGAGGAGAACUCUCUGUUGCAUAUGCAGCUGGAGAAGGUGUCUCAGCUGCAAAGAGAUGUCUUGGCUCUAAGAGUCUCGGCUCAACAAACGAGGUCACAAAAUCAGCAACUCGAGGCCUCACUGAAGCGUGUCUCGAGAGAUUAUGAAGAGCUAGAACGCGUUAAGCUCUCCAUGGGUGAAGAGAUCUGCAGCCUGCAGAGAGCAGUGGCGAAGGAGGAGGGCUGCAGGCUUAAGAGAAACGCGUUGGAGGAGAAGAUCCUUAGGCUCGAAGGGGAUCUAAUAGCAAGAGAUGCACUGUGUGUGCAAGAGGCAGAGAUGAAAAAUGAGCUGAAUCAGAUCAAGAUGGUGAAUAGUCAGUUGCUGAUGAAGGUGAAGCAUCUCGAGAGUGUAAGAGGCGACGAGCUCAAGGAGACGAGACGAGAUGGAACGCGUGAUGAAUCACAGCUUGAGAGAGCAAAGAGUUCAAGAGAGAGUGAAAUGAAGAUGGCACGGCUUGAGGCGGAGUUGCAAGAGAUUCGAGGGCGUUACUUUGAGAUGAGCAUAAACUACGCGGAGGUGGAGGAGCAACGAGAGCAGCUCGUGAUGAAGCUCAAAGCUCUCAACGUCUAGAGCUCUGCGAUUCCUUGUUCAUGCUUGUUCAAAGGGGCAUGAUUCUUGAUGCGAAAAAACCAUUUUGAAAGUUUUGAGAAGUAACAAAACAUUUUUAUUUGAGGCACCAUCAACAUCUUCUUGAGUUGUUUGUAGUUGAAUAUGUUUGCAGAAGAGAGGGGGUUUCAACAUUUAUUAUUUUGCAAUGGUUUGUACAUAGAAGUGAUGCUACAUUCUUUCCAUAUAAGAUUUUUGUGUUACAUUUUCUCAUAUUAAAUACCUUGAACAUUUUGUAAUAGAGGAUCUCGUCUCGUGAGUUAAUAUUGCAAGUAGUAAUGUGAUAGUUAUUUUGUGCAUAAUGAUGAUA